CUUUACCUCAAAAUUGUAAACUCAUUGCUUGUUGCUGCACACCGAAACUUGCUUUGGUUAUACGCCGAAUCAAUCUGUAUAAAGAGUAUAAAUUCUAAAUAAUAUUGUCCUUUACAAGUAUACCCAAAGGCAAAAUGUAUCCUGUAUCAUCGAUGAAUGCUGGACCAUUCUGGAGCAACGGACCAAGCCCCGGUGCUUUCUAUAAUUUUCCGGGAGCAAGUGUCGGUAAUAGCUCCAUUGCGGCAGUGCCGGAAACACCCGGUGAAUACGGAACUCAACAUUCCUAUAAUCCAAUCAACACGGGAUCGUCUGUAGUUGGUCUCAAAUUCGCUGACGGUGUAGUAAUUGCGGCCGACAAACUGAUUUCCUACGGCUCUAUGGCCCGCUUUCAUGAUGUGGAUCGGGUUCAUAAGAUUAACGAUAAAACCAUUCUAGGGAUCGGGGGUGAUUUUGCCGAUUUUCAGUUUAUUAAACGAUAUAUUGAUCAGAAAGUCGUCGAUGACAUGUGCCUGGCAGAUAAAAAUGAGCUGAAGCCCAAGUCACUGUACAACUGGCUUACCAGAGUAAUGUAUAAUCGGCGAUGUGAUUUCAAGCCUCUCUAUUUGGACAUGGUUGUUGGAGGAAUGCAGGACGGGGAACCUUUCCUCGGGCACGUUAAUCUUCGUGGCCGCGCAUACACUAGUAAUGUGAUUGCUACUGGUUUCGGAACACACCUUGCCCUACCACUAUUUCGUGAGUAUUCGGAAAAUCCAACUGCCUUUGCCACUUUGAAUAAGCAAAAGGCUGCAGAUCUCACCAAGAGUGUAAUGGAAGUACUGUGGUAUCGCGACUGCCGUAGCGAUCCUAAGUUUUCGCAAGUCUUUUGUACUGCCGAAGGAGUGCAGGAAGAACCAGACUGCUUUGUCAAGCAAAAUUGGGAUUUGGCAACAAUGAUUAAAGGGUACUAAUUUGUCUGAUUCAGUUUCAAUAAAAUAUUAUUAAAAAUAUAUAAAGAAUAA